CAUCUUUUGUUCUCUUUUCUUGUUCAUGUGUUGAUUUUGGGUUUUUUUUUUUCUUUGCUUUGCUUUAAGUUGGUUAGCUGCUUUCUGGUUGUGCUUUGAUAUUCCUUUUCAUUUUUCCCCCCUUUUCUUGGUGUGUUUCUUUUGUCAGUGACGACGGUGUUCGAGCCUGAAAGUUAUUGAUCAAUGGCCGAAUCCUUGGUUCCACGAUUGUACAGCUGCUCUAAUUGUCGAAACCCUGUUUCUCUCCACGACGAUAUAAUUUCCAAGUCUUUUCAGGGAAGAAAUGGCCGGGCAUUUUUGUUCUCCCAUGCAAUGAAUCUAACAACAGGACCAAAAGAAGACAGGCAUCUCUUAUCUGGUCUCCAUACUGUUGCCGAUAUUUAUUGUGCUGAUUGCCAUCAGGUGUUAGGUUGGAAAUAUGAGCGAGCUUAUGAGGCAUCGCAGAAGUACAAGGAAGGGAAAUUUAUACUUGAGAAGGCUAAGAUUGUUAAGGAGAACUGGUAGCACCUGCACCAUUUAAGGGUUUCAUUCCACUUAUUCUUGUGUUGAUGUGAUUUCAUCAAUGCUCCACGUUCAUCUUGUGCAGAAACUUGUAACCCAUUUGGAAAAUUUUCCUUGUUUCCCACCGUGCAUUCGUAACAUGUACUACAUCCAGAGGAUCCAUGAUGGAUUGGCAAUUCCCAUGUUAAUAAAUUUAUGGUAUUGUCAACUA